UAGCCCUGGCAUAGGUACAUUUAUGUAUAGUAGACAUACAUUCACACACACAAAUAUAUAAAUAUAUAUGUAUAUCUGUUACUGAUCAAUUUCAUCAACUUUACCAAAUAUCAUCUGAUUCGUAAACAUUCGAAUAAUUUAUAUAAAAUGGGAAAUGAAAGUUCUCUGCCUAUGGAACUUUGUUCCAAUUUUGACGCUGAUGAAAUAAGAAGAUUAGGAAAAAGAUUUCGUAAAUUAGAUCUUGAUAAUAGUGGAGCGUUAAGUAUUGAUGAGUUUAUGUCAUUACCAGAACUACAACAAAAUCCAUUGGUACAAAGAGUGAUUGAUAUUUUUGACGCUGAUGGUAAUGGUGAGGUUGAUUUCAAAGAAUUCAUUCAAGGUGUAUCGCAAUUCAGUGUCAAGGGUGAUAAGGAAAGUAAAUUGAGAUUCGCAUUCCGAAUUUACGACAUGGAUAAUGAUGGGUUUAUAAGUAAUGGCGAAUUAUUUCAAGUUCUUAAGAUGAUGGUUGGUAAUAACCUUAAAGACACUCAACUUCAACAGAUUGUUGAUAAAACAAUUUUGUUUGCCGAUAAAGAUGAAGACGGAAAGAUAAGUUUUGAAGAAUUUUGUUCGGUUGUUGGCAAUACUGAUAUACAUAAGAAAAUGGUCGUCGACGUAUAAUUUAUUUAAAUUAUUUGAAAAUUUAAAAAAAAAUACUAAAUAACUUCGACAUCAUUAUUGCAUAA